CUCCACAGAUACCAUCUUCCCUUUGACAUUAACACCUCCUAAGGAACUCAGGGUUGCAGAAUGCAGAUACCGGUUUGUUGCCAUUCGAAGCUGCAGAGCUUUACUGUUGCUCCCACGAUUCUGUCCACGGCACCAGCUCCAACUGUCAAUACACAUGGAGCUUCAUUUGAUAAUGAUGAUCUCUUUGGACCUGAAUUCCAUGCUGAUAAAGAAACCGAAACACCCUUUCGAUAUGCAGCAAAUGCACAAAAUGAAAGAAGGGAGAAGAACCAGUUCCUCCCUAAGCAAUAACGAAAGAACAUCAACA